CAGAAGCGGUUAUACUGAAUACACACACACACACACACACUCUACAACAUAGUUCAACAUUUGCGCCCCUGAAGGAAUUCAACGGCGAAACCAUCUUCCUCAUCUCUCUACCUCUCCUUAGGUAGAUAAACCCUGAUAAGAAAAUGGGCCAGCGAAGUGAUUACGGAAAAGGGUCGCAGGUACUGUCUGAAUAUUCUGGAAAUGGAGGGAAAAGAAGAAAUGUGAAUGAUGAAAAAGAACAAAACUCUAUUGGACUGGAUCAUACGGUUUACCGUUAUUUGUGCCCUUUGAGAAAAAUUGGGAGCAUUAUUGGUAUUGGUGGUGAUAUUGCUAAGCAGUUGAGGGCCCAGACUAAUGCGAGGAUUAGGAUUAGUGAAACUAUUCCGGGGUGUGACGAACGCGUUAUCACCAUUUAUAGCACAAGUCAUGAAACCAACAUUUAUGGAAAUGAACACAUUUCUCCUGCACAGGAUGCGCUGUUUAGGGUGCAUGAUAGGGUGGUGGCUGAAGAACCGCCACUGAAUGGUCCGUUCGAGGAACCUCAGCAAGUUACUCUGCGCUUGCUUGUCCCAUCAGAUCAGAUAGGUUGUGUGAUCGGUAAAGGGGGGCAAAUAAUUCAGAACAUACGCAAUGAGACUCAUGCUCAGAUCAGAAUUUUGGGCAGCGAUCAUUUACCACCUUGUGCUCUGAGUUCUGAUGAACUUAUCCAGAUAAAUGGGGAAGCCACUGUUGUGAAGAAAGCUCUUUAUGAAGUCGCGUUUCGUCUUCAUGAAAACCCGUCGCGGUCACAGCAAUCACUAUUGAGUAGUCCAAGCAUUUACAGAUCUGGAAUUACAUUUAGUAAUCCACAUGUAGGUGGACGACCUGUUGGUGUGACCUCAUUAAUGGGUCCUUAUGGGAAUUACAAAAACAACGGCAGAGAUUGGUCUUUUAUGAUGAAGGAAUUCGCACUUCGUUUAGUUUGUCCAACUGAAAAUCUUGGUGCCGUAAUAGGCAAAAGUGGUGCCAUUGUCAAACAAAUAAGACAGGAAUCAGGUGCAUCUAUAAUAGUUGAUAGUUCUGGUGCUGAUGAAGAUGACUGUAUUAUAUCCGUCUCUGCUAAGGAGUUGUUUGAAGCUCCUUCUCGGACUAUUGAUGCGGUGAUGCGGUUGCAACCGAGGUGCAGUGGGAAAAUGGAAAGAGAUUCAGGUGAUUCUGUGAUCAUAACUCGUUUGCUAGUCUCAAGCUCAAGAAUUGGAUGUAUCAUUGGUAAAGGUGGGGCAAUUAUUAAAGAGAUGAGGAGUACCUCUAGAGCAAACAUUCGUAUUUUUUCUGACGAGAGUGUUCCCAAAGUUGCAUCUGAAGAUGAUGAGAUGGUCCAGAUAACUGGGGAUGCGCAUGCUGCUAAAAAUGCAUUGUUACAAGUAAUGCAGCGCUUGAGAACCAAUGUAUUUGAGAAUGAUGGAAAUUCGUCCGCAUUUCCUAUACCUGCUCAAUCUCUUGCAACAUCAACAGAGACAUUUGGUCAAAAGUAUGUAACUCCUGAUAACAGAACACGUAAUCCAGGAUAUUCUACUUACUCUGGUGGCUACAGUUCUAAAACCUUGCCUUCAACUGGCAACUAUGGGAAUUAUGACGAUUCACAGGUUGUCAGUGAAAGUGCUUAUGGAGCAUAUCCUGUUUAUUCAGCUGGUCGCCCUACCGGUUCCAGCUAUGCUGCAUGAUGCUUAAAGCUACCAUUAUUACCCCAUUUGGCAAUGCCUACAGCAUAAGACAAAGCAACGAGAACCAGAUGAAGAUGUCCUCAAACAUCGUCUUCUAAUGAAAAACUUGUUGCUGGGUACCUUCAAAUAUUAUGCUUUGAUGACUAAUAUAACAACUGAAGUCCGUUUCAGUACAGUGAUAUCCUGUGGAUGAAAUCUGGAUUUUGUUUAAUCGUUCUGUUGGUACAGGGUUUGCUCGAACAAGCUUUUUGAUUAAUCUCCUUUGCCGUUGGCUAUGUAUUUAUUCAUCUAGGAGAAUUAUGUUGCUGCUGCUUUUUCAUGGUUCAAAACUUUCUCAGACAACGGUAUAUUUGCUCCUCGCUGUAUAUACGCGUGGUUUCUUUCUCCAAUUGCAGGC